AUGCGGCUCGAGAAGGGCGGUUCUCUGGAGCUGCGAGCCGGCGGUCCUGAUGCCGGCCUUGCAGCCCCGGCGCAUCCCCCGGUUCUCACGUGUGGAGCUGGAGGUCCGUGGGGCUUGUCGGUGUCCAGGGGCUGGACAAGCUGCCCACAGCCGAGUCAGCCCGACUGCACGUCGGCCAAGGAGAUGCCCCCCCAGAGGUCCUGCCUUCACAGGCGCUUCUCCCGGGGCCGUGUGGCAAGCGGCCCGCGGCCAGUGCUUAGCAAGUGUGAGAGCAGAGGGCCCGCCACCCAGAACCCCGCCGGCGCCGAGCCUUUGACCCGAGUCCGCUCCCCCUGGGAAGUCGCUGUGCUCAGGAACCACCUGGCCCGAGUCACACUGGAGGGCCAGAGCCGCAUCCAGCGACCGCCUGGGGGAGCGGCCCGAAGGCCGGGCUGCCGCGCCGCGGCCCAGAGCAGCCCAGCUGCGCCUCCGCCCUCCGCUCCCUCCCCUGACGGGCAGGUGCCGACCCCAAGCGACGUCGACACCUGGUCGGUGCCCCAGGCCUUGGUGCAGCGGGAGAGCCGACCUCGGACGUCAGUUGGCGAGGCCCUCGGGAGAGGCCCGGGCAGCGGCCGGAGGGGGCUCCUCCGGGGAGCUGGGCCCCACUGGGUGUAUCAUAGUGUCAGUGACAUCGGCAACACGCUGGAACUGUCCCAGGUGCGCCGUCUUCUGCGCUGGGACCUCCGAUGGCGGGAGUGGCGGCGGCUUCAGCGCAGCCCCGGUUCUCCGACCCUCUCCCCCGUUGCUUCCUGGGGGGAGGGCUCCUGCCAGCCAUUCCCUCUGCGUCACCUGCGCGUUGGCAUCUGGGACCGCUCUGUGUACAUCCCUCCAUCGGCCUCACUGCGACGCCGGCCCCCGACAGACCCCCGCUCCCAUCUCCACCCAGCGGCCGGCGUGGGCUUCCCAGAAUGCGGCAGUGACUGCGGCCGCCCCGUAUGCACGGCAGCUGCCGGGGGGCUGAGGCUGGCGGCACCCACCCCACGGGGUGGGCAAGGACGAGCGCGGCGUCCCGACAAGCCAGCCACGCCGGAGCCACAGGAAAUGGAGAACGACCAGCUCAGAAACCGGGACGCGGCUGCCUCGUCCUCCCGCACGGGCCCCCGGCCCUUUGGUUGUUUCCAUGGCUCCGGCCGCCUCGCCUCCCCUCGGCCAGGUGCCCCUGUGGCCUCACCUUCGGGCGGCUCUGGGGCGCGCGAACCGCUGCGGGAGCGCGGCCACGGGGAUCGCGUCUGCCCAGCCGCCCAGGCGAGCUCGGACCCGCGCCUCCCGGACCCACUGUCCGCCCCGCGUCGCCCCGCCGCCCGGCCCCGUGCCAGCCCGCCGGCCUCGUCCCGGACCGCGCGCCCCACGCCCCGCCGCCCCCUGAGGACCCCGAGCCGUAACCGCCGUCCUCGGCCGUAUCUGGACCAGGUUCCGGCAGCUCCUGGCAGCGGCGUUGCCCUUUGA